AUGUCUGAUUCCAAGAAGGAUGUUACGUUCUCGUUGAAAGCUAUGGUGAAUGAAGAGAAAAGGAAGGUUCUAUUCGCAGAUGUCGACAGCACCUUUGCAGAUGUGUUGUUGAGCUUCCUCACAUUGCCAUUGGGAACGAUCGUGAGAAUCUUGAGGAAGCACUAUGAAGAUGAACAGCCUGUGUUUGGAAGCUUAACCACUUUGUACAAUGGUUUAGAAAAUCUUGAUAGUGUCCAUUUUUGGACAAAAGGUGCUAAGUCGAUUCUGCUCCAUCCACGAAGUUCAUCCGAUGAUCAACGUAAAAGGCUAAAGCUUGAUGUUAGUGAUUCCCCGCCAGCUGAGUACUUCGUUUGUGAAAAGGACUGCGAUCAUUUCAACAGCGCAAGCAUGUACUAUGAUAAUGUCAUAGCAUGCUACUACAGCAAAUCUCAUUCAAUGAAAAGAAAAGUAGCUGGUACUCCAACUGCUCGUUGUGAUGAUGAAGUUUUUACCAUUAAUACAGCGUCUUUCGUUGUCACUGAUGAUCUACGUAUAGUUCCUACUUCUUCGGGGCUGUUGCAGAUUGUCAGCUUUAUUGGCAUUACAGACAUGGACAAGGCCAAGCAAGUAAAUGUGACUUUUGGGUACGCUGAGGUUAUGGCUUUGCUCAAGGCUUCCUUGAUGUCCUCGACCCCAUUGUCGGAUGUCAUAUUCAAUAAAACAGGACAGAUGAAAUCUACAACAUUAAAACUUCAACAUAUGACUUUAUCGGAUCAAAUUGAAAAUGCAUCAACAUUCUCCAAGGAGAUGACUUUGAGAUUGGUUGUACAAAAUCUACUAAUAAGGUCUUGUAUGCUCAAGCUGAGGAAGAUUUCGUAG